AUGGCCCCAGGCGCUCUCGUCAGUGAUCUCGCUCUACCUCAAGAGGUACCUGAGUCGAAAGAAACAGAAGCAAACGCACCAUCGAAGCAGCUGUUCUCCUUAAAAGGCCAGACCAUCGUCGUCACGGGUGGUGGCCGUGGCGUUGGUAUCACGCUCGCCCUGGCAGUGGUGGAGGCAGGAGGAUCUGUAGCAUGUCUCGAUAUCCUCUCAGAACCGUCAGCAGCAGAAUGGCAGCACCUCCAGACCACAGCAAAGAAGUCCAACCUGACAGCAACGUACGAUCGAUGCGACAUCACCAACGAAGCCAACAUGGCUAGCAAAUUCCAGAACAUCUCGUCAGAAGCAAAAGUCCGCGGCGCCCCAUUCUCUGGCAUCAUAGCAUGCGCCGGCAUCCAGCAAAGCACACCAGCAGUUGAUUACUCCGUCGACGACUUCAACCGCAUGCUGAAUGUCAAUGUUACUGGGACAUUCAUCACGGCCAAGCACGCUUCUCGAAUCUUCAUCGAGAACAAGACUCCAGGCUCCAUCGUCCUCAUCGCGUCCAUGUCAGGACAAGUAGCGAACCGAGGGCUGCAAUGUACGGCGUAUAACACAAGCAAGAGCGCGGUGCAUCAGCUUUGUCGUUCCAUGGCCCAGGAGAUUGGACAGCAUGGUAUCAGAAUCAACACCUUGUCGCCAGGGUACAUCCGAACAGCCAUGACGGAUGCUUUGCUGGAAGCGCAGCCUGAGAUAGAGAAGAUCUGGAUGGCAGGAGCGUUGUUGGGCAGGUUGGGUGCUCCUGAAGACUUCAAGGCUCCUGCGAUAUUCUUGUUGGCACCUGGUAGCUCUUUCAUGACUGGGGCUGAUUUGCGCGUUGAUGGAGGACACUGCGCUUCAGCAUGA